AUGAAAANCCAUCUCAAGACUUGCGGCUCACGCGGUCACUCUUGCGACUGCGGCCGAGUUUUCUCCAGGGUUGAGAGUUUCAUAGAGCACCAAGAUACUUGCACCAUUCGGCAUUCUCCACCCACUAACCACCGUCCUCUACAGCAGCACACGGACGGCACUGUGGCACCAUCAAGAACCACUUCGACCACAAGCUUUGGCCCAUUAUUGCAUGGUCUUCCUCUAUUAAGGCCACCACCACCGUCCUAUCAACAUUCACAAGCUUUGGCAUACCCUUUCAAUGCUUUAUCAGCAGCUCCUUUUGAAAGCCUCGAACUUCAACUAUCAAUAGGAAUGGCAAGAACAUCAGCACAAGCGAAGAGCACCGAAAAGGGAGAGACGAGUUUAACAAAGGAGAGACCGAACGAGGAGGCAAGAAUGGCGGAUAAAAUGAGACAAGAAGCGAAGAGGCAGAUAGAAAUUGCCGAAACGGAUUUUGAGAAGGCUAAGAGAAUAAGGAAAGAAGCAAAGGCCGAGCUUGAGAAGGCUCAAAUUGUUAGAGAAGAAGCAAUCAAGAGGAUUAAUGCAACAAUGAUGGAGAUAACUUGCCACUCUUGCAAGCAUCUGUUUCAGCUGGUUGAGAGUUUCAUAGAGCACCAAGAUACUUGCACCAUUCGGCAUUCUCCACCCACUAACCACCGUCCUCUACAGCAGCACACGGACGGCACUGUGGCACCAUCAAGAACCACUUCGACCACAAGCUUUGGCCCAUUAUUGCAUGGUCUUCCUCUAUUAAGGCCACCACCACCGUCCUAUCAACAUUCACAAGCUUUGGCAUACCCUUUCAAUGCUUUAUCAGCAGCUCCUUUUGAAAGCCUCGAACUUCAACUAUCAAUAGGAAUGGCAAGAACAUCAGCACAAGCGAAGAGCACCGAAAAGGGAGAGACGAACCAUAUUAACGCACUAAUUUUCAAGUAUAUAUUUAGGUCAUCUAAACAUACACUAAUAAGUAACUUCUCUUGGUUUUUUUUUCUUUUUCUCAGGGUUGAGAGUUUCAUAGAGCACCAAGAUACUUGCACCAUUCGGCAUUCUCCACCCACUAACCACCGUCCUCUACAGCAGCACACGGACGGCACUGUGGCACCAUCAAGAACCACUUCGACCACAAGCUUUGGCCCAUUAUUGCAUGGUCUUCCUCUAUUAAGGCCACCACCACCGUCCUAUCAACAUUCACAAGCUUUGGCAUACCCUUUCAAUGCUUUAUCAGCAGCUCCUUUUGAAAGCCUCGAACUUCAACUAUCAAUAGGAAUGGCAAGAACAUCAGCACAAGCGAAGAGCACCGAAAAGGGAGAGACGAGUUUAACAAAGGAGAGACCGAACGAGGAGGCAAGAAUGGCGGAUAAAAUGAGACAAGAAGCGAAGAGGCAGAUAGAAAUUGCCGAAACGGAUUUUGAGAAGGCUAAGAGAAUAAGGAAAGAAGCAAAGGCCGAGCUUGAGAAGGCUCAAAUUGUUAGAGAAGAAGCAAUCAAGAGGAUUAAUGCAACAAUGAUGGAGAUAACUUGCCACUCUUGCAAGCAUCUGUUUCAGCUGCCUAUUAUGGCUGAUGAGAGUACGUCAUCUCUUGUUAUGAGUUACGUUUCCUCGGCGACAACUGAAGGGGAAUGCGAGUGAUCCAAUACGUUUUCAUAGAUAUCCCCAUAUGAGUAUGAGCAAAAGAAAACAAAUAAUUAUUUUAAACUAAAAAUGAUGGUAUUUUAGUGGUUA